GUCUGAUAUCAUUGCCUAUCUUCAUUAAGCUGCAAGCAAUAGUAUUGAGUGAACCAGAAACUUCUACCAUUGAGUCAUGUGCAGCCAAAGCCUCAAAUUUGUUUGGAGCAGUAACAAAUGGAAGACCUGCUGUAUUGCAUUCCUGUGUAAAUGUUUCCUGCGCACCAUAUUUGUCAUAUUGAACAAUGUUUAUUGCAUCCCUACAUAUGUUGUAUGGAUGGUGAUGAUUUUUCCACUUAAGAGAUACCACCCCGACUUAUAUUGGAAGAUAGAAGGCCAUUUUUUUCAUUGGUUGCUAGCAAUGGUCAGCAUGUGGAGCUGGUCAGCAGGAUAUGACAUUGUAGAGAUAGGGGAUGAUAUUAGGAUUUGCCUAGAAGAUCGUACACUAGUCAUAGCUAAUCAUCAAUCAACUGCGGAUGUGCCACUCUUAAUGGCAACAUUCAACACAAAGAAAAAUGUCCUGCCAAAUCUUAUGUGGAUAAUGGAUAGAAUCUUCAAGUACACAAACUUUGGAAUAGUUUCCAUACUUCAUGAGGAUUUUUUUAUUGUUUCGGGUAAAGACAAACGUGGUGAAUCUCUGCAAGCUCUUGUUAAACACCUGCGUGACUCUUACAUUCCUCGCAGACGUAAGUGGAUGGUACUCUUUCCAGAGGGAGGAUUUCUUAGGAAGCGCAGAGAAACUAGCCAGAGGUUUGCAAUCAAGAACAAUCUGCCAAUAUUACAGCAUGUAUCUUUGCCGAGAGUUGGGGCACUUCAGACUAUUGUAGACAUUGUUGGUCCACAAAAGAGCCGAUAUACAGGUAUGGGCGUGUGUCCGACUCACGUGAACUGGGUACUGGACAUAACAAUAGCAUAUCCUGAAGGGAAACCUCUUGAUCUUGGAGCAAUUGUGACUGGCUACAGGAAGCCCUGCAAAACUUUCCUCUUCUACAGACUUUUUCCAUGCAGAGAUGUUCCACGUGACCAUGAAGCCAUGACUAAAUGGUUGUAUGAUCGUUUUGUGGAGAAAGAGGAGCUACUUGAUGCCUACUACAAGACUGGCAAGUUUCCUGUAGAGGGUUUCUGUGCUUCUCCCAUCCCUCCUCAGGAAGUUUCUCAGGAUUGCCUACGGUUUGCCAUCCUCCAUCUCUUCUUCAUAACAUCAAGCUACAUCCAUUUUCAGCUUCUCUCUUAUGUUGUGUCAUAUUUCUGGUAUUGAAACUGAAACAUUUGAGAUCAGCUUUAACAGCAGUAUUUCAAAGUUAUUUGCAUCACUAAAAUAUGGGCAUAAAUAACAUCCUAGAGUUUAAAUUAUAAUUGUUUUCAGACAAGUAUUUUCAUUUAUCUUUCACAAAUUAUAGGAGUAGUAACUCUGUGUCUGAUGCAGCUCCAAAAAGAAAUUAAAUCUUUAUUUGAGAGGAAUUUAUUAGUCAUGAAAUUAGCGUCCUAAAAGUUUAGUUAUGUUUCAUGUUGAAUCCUAAAAAUCACAUUUGGAACAGUUUAUUGUCAUUCUAGUGCACUGAAAACCUUCAAAACUAUUAUGAACCUAUAAGAAAAUUGUGCAAAUGACUGUGAGAUAUGUGAUAUGGCUGCCGUUACAACAUGGUACAACCUGCUGUGGUGAUGAAGUAUUGCGCUCCAGUCUCAUUUACUGUGACAGAACUCAGCCAGCAUUGUAUAUUCAGUAGGAAAAACUUAGUCUUUGGUGCAGUGGGGACAUUUGAGAGAGUACACUUUUGCAGUUAUAUGAAACAUGAGACUUCUUUACUUGGAAUGAAAUGCUGCCAAAUUAAAUAUUUAUGUGAGAAAUGUUUUAGUGGUAUGAAUUUAACAGUGUUGCGUUUUAUUAUAGAAAUCAUUCAAAAUUCAUGCUUUAAAGAUAUGGCUAUGCUGUUGAUGUCAUUGUAAAUGCUUCUAUCCUACAUGAGAUUUGAGGUUCUCGCAGCAGUGAAGAUAUCAGUGUCGAUCUUUUGGGUAGUAACAUCAUGUUUACAUGUAUGUAGAUAUCACCAUUUUGGAGGAAAAUGCUACUUCCAUCUUCAUGGCUAUCUAGUUGCGAGUUGCUCGGUGUUACUGUCCAGAAGACCGACAUUAACUUGCUUCUGUCCCAUUUUAGCAAUUUUGUGGGUUACACACGCAGGUAACUGAGUGGGAAGUGUGAACAUAUUUGUUAAUAUGCUGUAUAUGAGUUUUUAACUAAAUCUUAAAAUGUCAGAUGCUAACUUAUAUCUCUUUGAAUUUUCACACUGCAAUGGAUGUGAAUAGUUCAAUUUAUUCUGAUAGGUUACCACUAUAUCUUUUAGAUGAUUAAUGACUGAUGUAUAUGAAAGAAUGGAUUUCCAUUGACUAUUGAUUGAUUAAUCAAUCAGUCUUUAAGAAAAGAUUGUGUUGGAAAUGCAGUUCUGCCUUAGUUAUUAUUUAUGCAGGCUGUAAGUUAUAAGUAAUCACAGUAACUAAUUUAUCUACAAAAGUCAUGUGAUUAAUUAAUUUUUCCUGACCAGUCAGUGGUUUCUUUCUAACAAAAUGUAUUCACAUGGAUAUUAUACUAUAAUAAAGCUGUGUAAUAUAUAGUCAAAUUCAUUGAGCCAGUAAUAAAUGCAGCUGUUACAGUCCAAGUAUUGCAAUUUGGGAAAAGUUAGAACAUAUAUGAGAAAAUUAUACAAACCUGUUUAAUAAAUAUUCAUGAAUUAUUCAGAACUCUUGCAUAUGAAAAUGGUUUAAAAAUUAUAUAGACUUGAUAAUGUCCACUGCUGGCUUUCUCAACUGCUCAAUAUUUUUCUCCCUUUGGCAAAGGUCACACCAUGUUGUGAGCUGCAGUUAGAAAUUAAGUACAUCACACAAAAUGGCAGCUGUGAAGAAAUUUUAGAGUGCUACAAUUCUGGACUAAUUUCUGAACAAGAUUUCUUGUGACACAUUUCCAUUCUAGGAAUAGUUGGGUUGUGUACUAAUGCAUUUUCCAUUAAAUCAACAUAUUCCAUUUUAAUCUUAUGUGAUUUACAGAAUAUUUUAAUGGUGAAACAUUUUUUAAUUUGCACAAUAUUUCAAAACACUUUAUAAAACUGACAUAGAAGUGUUUUACUGUUGAUUAAAAUUAGUGAUGUUUUGCAGUAAGUUUCAUAACAGCUGCAUUUCAUUUCUUUUAUGAAAAUAAUUCAUGUAAAAGUUAAUUUUCUUUGUGAAGCCUUGGCGAGGAAAUUUAUCCCAGUCUGCCUUAUAUGCUCUUUGUGUAAUAUUUUGCAGGUAAUUACUAUAAUAUAUUUGAAAUUAAAAUCAAUGUCUGAAUAAGGUGUGUCAUUCUAACAUACCUGUCUGGUUGUGCUUUUCAGUAAUGAUCAUGGAAUCUCAAGUAUUUUAAGUAGCAAACUAAUUUCUUAAUGUUUAGUUGCUAAUUGGCUUUAUUUUUAGCUUUUCAUAAUUUUCUAUUUGAAAACAAAUGUACAUUCCACUUUAAAUUAAGUUUAUUUAAUACCAAAUGAUUUAGUUCUAUUAUUGCAAUGUAGAAUUUAUUUUGAAGUGUUUCUCAAACUAAGAGGCACUCUGGAAUUCCUACUGACAUUUUUUACCAUACAAAAUACAUGUUUUGAAGUGUAUUUUAUGUAUAUGAAUGAAUAUGCACAUGAUGGAUGUCUCCUUAAUAAACUUUAUUCACAUAUUUAAUCCUUCUGUCUUAAGAUCCCAGGACUAAUAAUAGAGGGCCGCACUGAUGGCCUGAUUUACCAGUCAAGCAUGAAUUAUCAUUUUUCAGGUUGUCUGCAUUAAAAAGACAUGAAAUUUAUGUUAUUUUCUUGGCAUCAGCUAUAUUAUUUACUUGCCAAAUGUGAGGUUAUGAAUACGUGCCAUUUGCAUUGUGUGGGAAAUCUGAAAUUUUUUGGAUUUGAGGGGCUUUCUUCCACGAUCUUCAAGUGUGGCAUAUUUAAAAUAGUCUUCAUCUGUAUGCACCAUAUUUUUCAGCACAACCUCAGAGUAUUAUGGAAUGUAUACAUGUGAUCAACAUUUGACUUUUCAGCAAAACGCAUAAUACAAUUUUAAGGAAAAUGAAAAAUGGUGAUUGAAAAUGCCUUAAAAGUAGUAUACAUGAUAUUGGUGAUCAGGCCUAGUACACAGUGUCUCAAUAUGUGGACCAAGUGAGUGUAAGAGUAGUUUCCCUCUAAUAUUAAAAGUGAAUCUCCAUACAUCCCCAUCACUGCUUUGGAUUACAAUGGAACAUAGAUUUUAGAGACUGAAAUUUAGAAUAUUCCCCCCACCCCACAAGAGAUCAGAGCUUUAGUAUAUAGAUGAUCAGAAAUCAGGUAUUAAUGAUGUGAACAGUAGAUACUCAUAAAUGUAUUUAUUAUUGAAACAGAAGUGAAUGUCUUGAAUAUCUGCCCUCUUUUUUAUAACUAUCCCAGAAUGUAGACCCCUAAAACAUUGCUCAUUUUUUAACACUUUUAUUAAAACUAAGAUUAUAUAAACUGGUGGUACAGUUAGGCAGUGUCUGCUGAUAUUUGGAGAAUUAGACACACAGUAACUUAGCACGUUGUAUAAAUACUCUUCACAGUAAAGUUCUUAAAGUAUUUGUCAGUUUAAGGGAUGUACACCUUUAAAUUUUGUUCACAUUAAGUCUUGCAUUUCUUUUAAUGGACUGUCUUUUUUGUGCAUAUUUCAGAGUUCUCUUAAAUAAUUUACUGUUCUCCUGUGGUAUGAUAUUUGUAGAAACAUGUACUAUAAACACUUUUUUUAAUAAUUGUUUAUUAUCUAUCUUGACCAUAAAUGACCACUUUUUGGUAAUGAGUAGUGCAUUUAAGAUCUCAAACUGCGAAUCAUAGCAGUAUCGUAAUCAAUUGAAACAUGCAAGUUUAUUAAUAAACUGAUUUAAUCUGCUGUAUUGUGAAUGUUUUAUAUAUUAAAUCUUAACAUAAGGUUAUCAUUUGUGGCUGAAAUGUAUUCUGAACAGUUAUAUAUAAAAAGUGACCACA